AUACAGCCUGUUAACUUGGAGAUGAUGAUCAAGGGCUCACUGCUUUUACGAAUCCUAUUUUUGGUAGUAUUUGCCGGAUAUGCCACAAGUUUAAGGGCUGGAGGUCGUAACGUGCUGACCAGAUGGGUAACGACCUACGUAAGUGUUGGAUAUUCUAGAGCUGUCAGAACAACAAAUGGCCGAACGUGUACAAAGGAGUACUCCUGGGGCUGCUGGAACUGCAGGAGAUGUCGAACCCUAUACAAAACUGUCAUUCGAAGUUUUACAAGGAGCGAGGCAAGACAAAAACCAAUCUACUACUGUGCGGUAGGAUGGAAAGCAAACGGCGACGAAUGCACCAUACCAAUUUGCACUGGUGGAUGUCAGAACGGAGGAAGAUGCAUCAGUCCAGAACUAUGUCAGUGCACCUCUGGAUGGCAGGGGCCUAAAUGUAGAUCUGAUGUAAACGAGUGCGUUACGAACAACGGCGGCUGUCAGCAUCACUGUGACAAUACUGCAGGAAGCUAUAGCUGUUUUUGUGAUCCGGGAUACAAUACUUCUGGACGUCAAUGUCCUGACAUUGAUGAAUGCAGUGGACCAAACAAAUGUCAGCAAAAGUGUGUCAAUAAGCCUGGGAACUACUCGUGUGACUGUCACGUGGGAUAUCGACUUAACAAUAACUCAAUAACUUGCUCAGACAUAGAUGAAUGUCCACAGUCUUUAUGCCAGUACAAAUGUAAUAACACUGAAGGGAGUUUCGUAUGCACCUGCCCUAGAGGAUAUCUGCUGACCACUAAUAAGAGGGACUGUGCAGAUCAUGAUGAAUGCAUUACUGGACAUCACACCUGUCAUCAGCGUUGUGUCAAUCAUCCUGGAGGUUACAGCUGCGCAUGCAAAAUGGGCUUUACUCUCAGUAAAGAUAACCACUCAUGUUCAGAUGUCGACGAAUGCAAGUUAAGGUUUGCUGGUUGUGCAUACCAGUGUAACAACACCAUAGGCAGCUUCCAGUGUAUUUGUCCAAGUGGAUAUGUUUUGAACGCUGAUAACCGAAGUUGUUCAGAUCGCAAUGAGUGCGAAGGUCAGCACAAUUGCGGUCAGAUUUGUGGGAACACGCCAGGAAGCUAUUACUGUACCUGCAGACCAGGGUAUUAUCUAAGUAGCGAUUUACGGACAUGCAAAGGGUACCCAUGUGCAUCAAUAUCAAGGCCAGCCAAAGGAUACAUGAAUUGCUCUGGGAAAACUGUGGAUAGCAUUUGUCAGUUUACAUGUCAGCCUGGGUACGAACUUACAGGAUCUCCAGUGCGCAUGUGCUUGGCCAAUGGCAAAUGGAGUGGUACUCGCGCUGCUUGUAAAGUUAAAAUGUGCGAUAAACCAGCUCCACCAGCCAAUGGCUUUGUUCAAAUUCCUUGUUCAACCACUUACAAGGGAAAAUGUUCUUUUGGGUGCCGUUCCGGAUUUUUCCUGUAUGGAAGUAAAACAGUCUCUUGCACUGAGGAUUCCACAUGGUUUCCGAUCCCUGGGAAAUGUGAAGCAAUAACUGUCUGUCAUCCCAAUCCUUGUUUUCAUGGAGGGAAAUGCAAUCCCAUUAACCGUACACAUUUUUGGUGUAACUGCACGAACACAGCAUACACAGGUGACAGGUGCCAUGAAGGUAUUUUCCACCAACCGACAUAUCCUCGGCUUCAACGGGGAAGCAGUGUAAACAUCACUUUUAAACUUUCUCCGCCGGAUAAACAGCUUACCGUUACACCGAGUACAUCGGGAUUAGAAUUCGUACCUCGUAGUUUGGUGAUCCACCCAGAGCAGUUGGCGGAAGGAAAAUUGUAUCACGCAAACAUGGCUAUAAAAGCUCUUCUGCCAGGCAUGCAUCUUACCACGUACACUUUGUCUGGUGUUGGAGCCCUUUCAUACCAGGCGUUGCCACCUGAUAUUGUAGUUGUCGUUGAGAAUGAAACAUCUUGUAAUGAUGGUUUACUGAGCACCCUUCCUUUGGGAUGCUAUAAGACCAGACUUCUCCGAUGUCCAGAUAGUGACAAUUUUCUAUACGCUAGAUCAACCGAUCCAUGGAAACAAGCCCAAGGAACAGUUAGUACUGAAGGAGUUGCUACUCUCAUUUCCGUCAAUAAUCUCACUUUACCGUUGGGGAUUAGAGGAACAGCGCUUGAGAAAUUAAAUCUCUCACAUUACUCAGUCUCAUCAGACAACAUGUUAUGCAAAGCUCAACCACCAAUGGACGUGCAGUGCCUCCCUUCAGAAAUCGUAGCAUCUGUAUUCCUGCAAUCCUUAACAACCAGCUUUCCUCGCUGGUUACGCUUGAUUCCUACAAAAACACUAUCGAGCCUUGAGCCAAACGAAGCAAUCACUUACUUAUGGAGCGGACUUCAACUUAAGGGGAUAUUGAAAGGACUGGGACUUUUCGUGAACGAUCGCUCCUUUUACUCAGCCCUUUUGUAUUCAGGGUCCUUAUCAGUUGAGGUAAACAAUAUGAGUGUGGUACUUCCAAAGUACGAUGGUAAAAACAAACACAUGGUUGUUACAGAUAUUUGUUCAAAUUCAUGGCCUGCUGAUGCACUCGUUAUCUUCAACCCAUUGUCUUAUAAAGCUUUACAAGCCAUGCCAGUUUAUAAGCAACUUGAAUCACGGGGCUGGCAAGUAACCGUGAUGGCUUUACAGUUUUCAAAAGUUGGUGCCCUCAACUAUUCUGUAUUUACGAGAAAACGAGGAAACAAGCUUAUCCCAGGAAGUCUGGGAUUCUAUGGAAGAGUUGCAAAGACCAUAAAUGGAUCUCAUCCGGUUGGUUCCUUGGGUGUGCGUUUGGUGGGAAAUGCAAUCUUUGGAAUAUCGAAUAUCGAUGAGGUAUGGAAAGACAAUCUAUUCUCUUGGAGGGCUGGGAUUAACGGAGAAGUGACGGCAGAAAUGAUUCUAUUCUUACUGGAGCAAAAGGUGUCAGUGGAUCUGCGGCUACAGCAAAGUUCUGGAAUUGUGGAGUUUAAAGAAUCUCCAAGCAACAAAUCUUGCAAGGCUACAGACACAUAUGAAUUGUCCCUGAAUGGAUUUUUGGAAAAAGAUCCUUUCGAGUCUACCCUUCUUGGCGCCUUCAUUGAAAGCAAAAACAGCAAAGUGUCAUUGUACGCGAAUUCUCAGCGUCUUAUCAACUCCUCUACAAAAGAGCCCAGUGAAUCCUCUGCCAUCCAGUUGGAAUUUUCACUAACUGGCAUUGUAAAAUUUGGACCUUUGAGAUUUCCUAACAUGUCUUUGAGUAUUGAGACUUCCUCAGAAGAAUUGAAAAAGUGUCAUGAUCCAGGCAAUAUUACGGAUUCUGGGUUAAUCAUUUCCGCUUCUUUUAACCAAGGGGCGGUUCUGGGGAGGUUCUUUUCUUCUCUUGAUUCGGAUUCUCUGCACAUUUUCCUACCAUCAAAUAGCCAGAACAGUUCUGAAAGUGUCCUUGAGACCAGCUUGGCUUUCCUGGGUGAUUCGUUUAAGACUCGGGUAAAGAUAUCAAAGCAAUCCUUAAAUUUCGAGAAGGAGAUCAGUUUGUUCGACAAUUAUCGACUGUCCAUCAAUGGCUCGAGUCAAUUGCAGUCAUGGGAUUUCCUGAGUUUGAGGGUCAGCGGAACUUUCGGUAAACCUGACGUUAACAGUGAUCAAAAAGCACUCGAGGAUGCAAUCAAAGAAAUGAUAAGUGAUUACAUUAAGAUUAUUGCUGAAACUACCAUCAAACGGCUAAAAGUUUUGCAAGGUAUGAGGGACAAAAUGAAUACAAGGGUAAGCAGAAGCUCAUUAAGACUUGCCCAGGCUGAGAAUAAUACUCAUUCAGCCGUUGAGCAAUAUCUAAUAGCCUUGAAAGCCAAAAAUGCCGCCAUGAAGGAGGUACGAAGGGCAGAAAAGGUUCUGACCAACAGCACUGAUGAACUUAACGAACUCAAAGAAUCUCUUGAGCGUUUGUGUACAAUUAUAGAAUGUCCCUAUAGUUGUGUUAACGGUACAGCUUGUAGUACCUGUUAUGAAGAUCUUAUCAGCAGGGAGCAAGGAGUCUGUCCCGCAAUUUGUCACAAACUCCGGCAGGACCGACUUACUCCAUUUUGGAAGACAUCAACCUGUGUAAAAGAGGAUUGUGACUUUUCCGGUGGUGACCUUUUGUCUCCUAUAGCUUGUAGCUUUGAAAAAAUUGGAAAACGAGUCCUUAAACCAGCGAUAACAAUGGGAGGUACAGCUCUUUUAACAUCCAUGGGUGUCCCACCAGUAGCUGCAUAUGCUAUUUCAAGUGGUGUAACAAAUGCUGCAUUUGAAUACGAAGAAUCGAAAGAUCCAGAGAAAGCGGCAGAAACUGGUGUCAAAUCAGGAGUAGAAGGAGCGGUGGGGUCGGAAGUAGGUAAUACCUUAGGCCUGACCAACUCGGACCCAGAUGGAAGUAGUGCCUUGUGGAUAGGUUUAGCAACCGGGAUACAUGAGGCUUCGCAACAAUGCAAUAGUGGGGGUUCGUGGGACUGCGAAUUGGAACCUUAUUCCUGUCCCGAGGAAUUAUUUAAUUAUAGGUACAUCAACAUACCGUUCCAAUGCGAGACUUCGUGUGAGGUGAACGUCGUAAGAGAAACGAUCGCCACUCCGUGCUGCCGAGAGGUGAACUGUGCAUCACGAAUAAAAGAUUUAGAAUGCCAGAAAAGGAAUGCGUUUUGUCGUAUGACAAGGCAAAAGGCCAUGUUGAAGUUGAAUUCCGCAAAAAAGAAUAUUUUGAAACCUCUUAUGGAGUUACAGCAAGCAAAGGAAGUAUUCAACAUUGCUCAUAUUGAGCUUGUAAAACGUAAACUUGAGUUGGAAGCUGCAUCUGGUGAGCGUGACACUCUUCGAAGAGCACACAGUGCUAUUUUAAAAGGGGCUGACAUUUUGUUCUUAUCGAAUGAAAAGAGUCGUGCUUUCAUUCAAGACGCAAUUGCGUUAACUCAGCUCUGGAACAGCACUAAUGAAACUUGCCCUUUAGACAUAAACGAAAUUUCGUUCGAUGUGACCUUGUCGUCUCCCUCUGAAACUGUAAUACCAGUGCUGUUCAAAAUAGCCUCCGCGAGCAAAGAGAAAAACAUCUAUUCCAUGAUUGACUUUGUAGCCCUGAAUGAUUCUCUCCAGCGAACGGCUAAGCAAAUCGUGAAUGAACUUUUUGGCAAUGUGAAUGUCAUUCUGCGGUCUGGACAUCCAUUAAAUCAGCUAAAAAAUCCGAAGGGCAAUGGAAGAAGAAGGCGCGCCAUUGACGAACCGGGCUCUGACGUGACGAAAUUAGUGGAAUACAAGAGAAAAUGUGCUUUGGUAACCAAUUACAACCGUGCCCUGAGUGACAUCAUAGGAACUCUAUAUAAUAUUUCCAGAAAAUCUUUACGUUCCCUUAAUAAUGUAAAAAACCUCAAUUCGGAAAAAUAUGCAGAAUUCCGAAAUCCUUCCCUGAAUUUGACUCAAGCUGCUGAGUUCGGGCUCUCUGAAAAGGAUAUUGAUGACUCCAUUAAUGCGGUGGAAUCUGACAAAGAGGUGAAGAACGCAGCAAGUUUAAUAAAGAUUAGAAAUGCGACUAACCACAGGAAAGUGCAAACAGCAGUAGAUAUGGUGUUUAGAGACUGGGAAGCAAGUAUGGAGACUGUGUUCAACCGCACAUCACUAGAAUGUAGCGGUUUCAUAGACUGUAUGGAGGACUUUGUUGAAAACUUUCUCUUCCUCUACCAAGGGAUCGAUCUUCCUGAAGCAAUUCUUCUGCGGCAACAAAUUGCAAUCCUCGGCCAAGAAGUUAAAAGUCUUCUUUCUUACGAAGAUCUGUCAGUGUCUGAAGCGGCGAAUAAAGCCUCAAAUAUUCUGAAAAGGCUGAAAGAUACUCGAGAUGCGAACGUCUUCUGUGCUGUCGCUCCUAAUAUAACUCAACAUCCAGUGCCAAUAAAGAAUUUAAAGAUAGGGCAAGCGCUCGAGCUGUCUUGCAAAGCGACUGGAGACCCUGCGCCAACUUAUCGCUGGAGAAAAAAUGGCGAGAUCAUUCCAGGAAGAAAAACAAAUACGUUUCGCAUCGAGAAAGUGGCAAAAGCCGACGAUGGUAACUACACUUGUGAGGCUUAUAAUCACUUAAGUGUGGAACCAUCAACUCCCUCUCACAUAGUUAUCCACCCACCUCCUGCUCUGGUGUACCAGCCUCCUAGGAACAAGAACGUACCACUGAACACUGGCUUCUUUAUGAAGUGUACAGCAACUAGCGUGUCAAAGCCUCUUCGUUAUCAAUGGAUUUACAAGCCUUUUGGUGGAGAAAAUUAUACUUUGGUUCCCAAUGCCACUUUCUCUGUAUUGAACUUUCGCUCCGUGGAGAAAAACAAAGAAGGCUUUUACAAGUGUAACGCGUCCAAUCCAUUUGAUUACACGAUAUCUCACAAUAUCCGACUUCGAAUUCUCGGCUUUUCUUUGGUUGUGCCUUCGCUUGGAUUGUCUCUCCAGAUUUCCGGUGAGAAAAAACACCUUGAAGAGGCCUAUAAUGAAAGUAUCAGCGUAAUCGGUGAUAACAUCAAAUUUCGACAGGAUGUGGAAUCGGGCUUUCAUCAAAUCGUAAGCAACCUGGUUGACCUUCCUUCUGAUGCAGUUCAGGAUCUUUCAGUAGAAGACUGCCAAAUGAUCUCGCAAAGAAGCGGCAAUAUCUCCUGUAAGGUUGCCUUUAGAUUGCGUAGCUUCAACAUGACGGAACCCAAGACCAUGAACAAAACCGCGUCAGAAAACGCCGUUAGUGUUAUGGAUUCCGCGCAGCAGUUAGAAAGAGCUUUGGCCAAGCUGGUGAACGAGUCUGUUAUAAGUGGAAUUACUUCAGACGCCAACAGUGUUAGGUUAAAGCUAGACCCGACUUCAUGGAGUGUUGGAAAAUACAUCUCUCUCUGCCCUAUUGGUACAGUACUCUAUGGAAACAAUUUCAUUUGCGUCAACUGUCCACCUGGAGCAUAUGGGGACAUAAACGGGACGUUACCCGCUUGUUUCCCGUGUCCCGUGGGAACAUAUCAGCCCGAUGAAGGACAAACGUCAUGCGUGCCUUGUCCCCCUGGUUUUACUUCCGGUAGUAUAGGAUUGGAGGAUAUUUCUUCGUGCCAAGAUCUGACACUAGACACAACCACACCAGGAGCUAGGACAUCCCAGUUGUCAAAUGUCUCCACAACUUUAUCAAGACCAUCUCCCACUGCCUCUUUGACGACCCAUGAAGAUGAAAUUAGUAGUGAGGAGCCCAAGACACUGAAUGUUAGGAGUUACCACGAUGUUUCCUUCAAAUGGAAAAUAGCCUUUGGAGUUUGUUUGGCUGUAACCAUCAUAUUACUGGCAGGAAUGCUGCUCUAUGGCGUGAACUACCGCGUCAAGAAAAUCAGAAGAUUCGGAUUAUCAAACAAUGAUUCCACUAAGAAAUCAAAGAGUGGACACACAUUUCAGAAUCCCGUCUACGACGAUACUGAAGUACAUGGACAAGCAUACACCCAGAGUAACGUCACUUACGAGCUGACUGAGCCUCCGGCUAAGAAGAAAAUGGUAGCAAUAGCUGAAAAUGACAAGCAUACGCCCCAGAAUCCUUUGUGCAGUGUACCAGAAGCUGAUAAUCAAGAUCCACUGGAAUGUGGCCAUGUCAACCCAGCCUACCAGAUGACCGGCGAUACCGACAGGGAAAUGGAAACUUGCAAGAACUCACUUGAAAUAUUACAAUGACUGCUACUGCCAGAUAUUAAGAUAACCUUUGUUACUUUUAUCCCGGUUUUUUUUCUUUAAAAGGACUAUUAAAUAUCAAGUAUCAAUUAAGUCUGUAAUAUAGCUGUUAACAUUUUUCGAUUAUUUUAACUUUUAAAAUACAUUAAUAAGGAGCAAAUCUAAGAAAAAAAAUAACUUUCAAUUGACAGAGAUCAAUUCAAACGAAGCCGAGCUGUCUAUGAGAGGUCUUCGAAAGAACGUUAUACCCAUAGAGAAUGUGAUUUGCAUUAGCCUCUUCGCCUCGGAACUUUGCAAAGAUGUCGUUUUUCCUUGUCUGCGAAGAGAUAAUUCUUUUUAUGUAUUUCUGGCAAACGAUGAUAAAUUUAAGGUGAUAAAUACGUUUUAUACUUUGUUAA